AUGGCUAGCGAGACAACAGACGUUGCAGCCCCUGAGGCGGUAAAGUAUCUCCCGGAGCUGCGGGAUUUUGUGGUUCGGGGCCACACCUCAGUGGAAUGGCGAAUGGGUCAACUCAGGCUCCUGCGUCAAGUACUGGAAGAGGAGAAGGAAGCGAUGCUCCAAGCACUAGGCUCCGACCUUUGUGUGGAUGAGGCGCAGGCACUUCUUUUCCAGAUCGGCUGCUUGUUCGGAGAGAUAGAUCACUUUCUCGACAACAUCGCCAGCUGGAGUGCCAUGAAGAAGGUCAGCACACCUAUGGUGUUGCAGCCUGCCUCGUCCUAUGUGCAAGCACAGCCAAAGGGCGUGGUGCUCAUCAUCGGAGCUUGGAAUUACCCCUUUGUGGUAACACUUGGGCCUAUGAUUACUGCCCUUGCAGCUGGGAAUUGUGUGCUCCUCAAGCCUUCAGAGUUGUCGCCAGAGUCAGCGCAAGUGAUGCACCGCAUCUGCACUCGUCUUGAUCAGCGAGCAGUGCGUUGCUGUUUGGGUGGUGUGGAGCUUUCCACAACCUUGGUUGCCCAGCCCUUUGAUCACAUCAUAUAUACAGGAUCUACGCGCGUGGGCCGGCUGAUAAUGGCAGCCGCUGCCCCGAAUCUUACCCCGCUGACGCUGGAGCUGGGUGGAAAGUCUCCUGUCGUGAUCUGUGGAGGCAUUGACAUCAACGAGGCAUGCCGAAGGAUCGCAGUGGGGAAGUUCGUGAAUUGUGGACAGACCUGCAUCGCGCCAGAUUACAUGUUGGUGGAACGCGGAGUUCGUGAUGAGGUUGUUGCAUGUCUCAAGAAGGUCAUCACGGAAAUGCUGGGUGACAGCACGCAGGCACCACAGAAUCUUAGCCGCAUGGUCAACCAGCAAGCAAUGGAAAGAUUGCACAAAGCCCUUCGCGAGCCGCACGGUGGUCACGUGGAGCUUGGGGGGGCCUCGCCUCCGCCUACCACCAUCAAGGAGGGCCAGAGAUACGUCCAGCCGACCAUCGUGGUGGACCCGAAAGCUGACAGCACGAUCAUGCAGGAAGAGCUCUUCGGACCCGUGCUGCCAAUCCUCAGCGUGGCGUCCUGCGACGAAGCCGUCAGUUUCAUCAACAGUCGGCCCAAGCCCUUGGCACUCUACGUGUUUGCCCCUCAGCCAGUGGUGGAUCAUGUCAUGCAGAGCACCAGCUCUGGGGCCAUUUUGGUAGGUGACACGGCCGUGCACAAGGGCAAUCCCAAUGUGCCCUUCGGCGGGAUCGGUGGCUCUGGCAUGGGCAGUUGCUAUGGUGAGUUUGGCUUCAACGAGCUUUCGCACCAGCGUGCCGUGAUGUACCGGCCCCUCUUCCCGCCCUCCCCUAUCAGCCUUCCGGCUGACUCCGCUCUGAGCAAGAUCUUGUGGUUCUGGGUCACGAUGAAGCCCGCGCACUCCAAAUUGCUGAAGCGAGUAAGUGUGCUGAUCCUGGGCUUGCUUCUCCUAGUCAUCACAGGCAAACUCCGGCAAAGGUUCCUUAAAUAA